GUGAGUGUCUGUAAAGAUGGUGGAGACACUGGAGAGAGCUGCUCUCUGCAUCCCCCACCUCAACGCCUCCUGUCAGGUGAUGCCUGCUCCUCCCAAAGUGACGCUGAUCAAAUCUGUACUGUGCUGCAUCGCUCUGCUCACUGUGAUACUCAACUUGCUGGUUGUCAUCUCCAUCUCCCACUUCAGGCACGGACACUUUUCUUUACAUCUUACAGUAAAUUGUGUGUUGGGGUGUCAGAUAUGUCUGGAAGCUUUGUCACAGGUCUACAGUUGGUUACUUUGUUCAAUAUGUUUUGAUUGUGUUUUUAAAAAGACAAGUCAGAGAGUGCAUGUAGUUGCAAAAGCACAUGACCUUCUCAGGGUUUUCUGUGUAAUUGUGUCACAAUAAGCAGUAUGUAGCAUAUAACUGUAUUUAACAUGUAUUUUUACAUUUACAUCUGUGUGUAUUCUCACAGUAACUGCUUUUAUCUUAAACCUUUUGCAUUGAAUGUUAGGGACAUGAAGAAAAAAUCAUUAAUUCUAAUCUCACUCUCAAGGCAGCUCCACACACCCACAAACUUCCUCAUCCUCUCCCUGGCUGUGUCUGAUUUGCUUGUGGGUGCCACAGUGAUGCCGAUCGCAGUCGACCUGCAGUUCUGCCGGUUUACGAGUAAAAUCACAUGUGAUCUUUUCUGCCUGCUGUCCUUCAUCCUCACCUCUGCCUCUGUGGGAAGCAUGGUUCUCAUAUCAGUGGACCGUUAUGUGGCGAUAUGUAAACCUCUGCUCUACUCCUCCCUGAUAACAAUAAGCAGAGUUACAAUCUGUGUGUGUCUCUGUUGGAUCUGCUCUGUUUUUUACUGCUUUGUCAUCCUGAAAGACCACUUCACACUAACAGAUAUGUCCAAUUCCUGCUAUCAAAAAUGUGCAAUUAAGAUACAUUUCAUUUCAGGGGCAGUAGACCUGAUUGUCACCUUUGUUGUCCCUGUUGUUGUAAUCAUAGUUCUCUAUAUGAGAGUGUUUGUGGUGGCUGUGUCACAUGCACGUGUAAUACGAUCUCAGAUUGGAUCUGUCAACUCAAAAGCAGUAGUUAUUAAGAAAUCUGAGCUGAGGGCAGCCACAUCUCUUGGAAUUGUCCUUCUUAUAUUUGUAUUGUGUAUUGUUCCGUACUACUUCAUUUCUCUGGUAGAACCGGACAGCUUCAGUACUCCAUACUGGGUGUUCUGUUGUAACUCCACUUUCAAUCCUCUGAUCUAUGCCUUGUUCUACCCCUGGUUCAGGAGAGCUGUUUCAUUCACUGUCAGUCUUCAGAUACUGCAGCCCAGCUCUCGUGACACCAGAAUAAUGAAGAGUUAAGCAACACAUUGUUCAUUAACUGUCUUAUGUGAUAAAGAUGAACUCAGUCUAAUUGAAGGUGAAGUAAACGCCUCAGUUUUACUGCCAGGCCUCAACACAUUUUAAUGAACAAAGUAAAAAGUUGAACAUAGUUGAUCUUUUACUUUGGUAGGACAGUAGAGAAAAAUAUAUGCAGAAUUUAAGCUGCUACACUUUCAAAACAAACUGUCAAAGCUCUUUCCCUACAUGUGUCCCUUCAGUGUUACAUUACAGUAGAAUUAAACUGUAAUGUUUGAAAGAAAGUAAUCAUGAAAGGUGUACAUUUGUGUUUACAUGAUUCAACAUACGUCUGUUGCCCCGUCCAAAUCAGGUAUGUAAGGUUUUAUUUUCGAUGUCUUAAUUGUUGUAAAUAAUAUUGUGCUUUAUUUAAUAACCAGCUGUAUUGUGCGUUCAUUCUGCUGAAGAAAGAACAUGAAACUCUUCAUGUUAAGGUCUUAAAAAGCAAAAAAUCAUAUUUACAAAAAGUGUGCAGAUACUCUGUGCUGUGUUCUACAGCAGCUUUUUGGUGUUUUAACAGGCUGCUGUAGAUUGUAUGAUGAGAUUCUUAUGAUAAAAGACAAAUCAGUAAUGAGCAUUUAGUUUGCAUAGUUCAGUCUGUUUAAACAUCUGACUGAAAAUCAUUCUGCAUGAUAUAAAGUUUAUGUCUAUAUUUAAUAAAAGAACUUUUGCGUGACUUUAAA